GCGAGCGAACGAGCUUCGCGAGGCGCACGUGAAAGGAAUCAACUCCAAUUCACAAGCGGCGAGGUUUCCUGUCAGGUCGACGUGAACGGCGCUGCUCGGCGAUCUUUACAGCUCUUCCAGGUGUGUGACGGACGGAGGAAACGCAGAGACAUGCCCAGGGCCCGAGCCGAGACGCAGGGAGAGAGGAGGCUCAGCCAGUGAGACCCGCCCCAGCACCCAGGCCCCGGCUCCAGGCCCCCGGCCCCCGGCCCCCGGCUCCAGCCCACAGCACCAUGGCCUUCACCCUGUCAGAGAUCAUGGCCGCCCGCAGGCAGCAGCAGAGAGGCUCCCGAGGCAGCGUGGAGGUGGACGAGUACAGCGCCAACCCCACCCAGGCCUUCACCUUCUACAACAUCAACCAGGGCCGCUUCCAGCCCCCGCACGUGCACAUGGUGGACCCCCUGCCCCAUGAUGCCCCGAAGCCCCCUGGGUACACGCGCUUCGUGUGCGUGUCGGACACGCACUCCCGCACCGACGCCAUCCAGAUGCCCUACGGAGACGUGUUCAUCCACGCCGGCGACUUCACCGAGCUCGGCCUGCCCAGCGAGGUCAAGAAGUUCAACGACUGGCUCGGCACGCUGCCCUACGAGAUCAAGAUCGUGAUCGCCGGCAACCACGAGCUGACCUUCGACCAGGAGUUCAUGGCCGACCUGAUCAAGCAGGACUUCUACUACUUCCCCUCGGCCUCCAAGCUGAAGCCGGAGAACUACGAGAACGUGCGCUCGCUGCUGACCAACUGCAUCUACCUGCAGGACUCGGAGGUGACGGUGCGCGGCCUGCGCAUCUACGGCACGCCCUGGCAGCCCUGGUACUACGGCUGGGGCUUUAACCUGCCGCGUGGUCAGGCCCUGCUGGACAAGUGGAACCAGAUCCCCGACAGCACAGACAUCCUGAUCACACACUGCCCCCCGCUGGGGUUUCUGGACUGGGUCCCGAGGAAGAUGCAGCGGGUGGGGUGCGUGGAGCUGCUGAACACGGUCCAGAGGAGAGUUCAGCCCAAACUGCACGUCUUUGGGCACAUCCACGAAGGCUACGGCGUGAUGACGGACGGCGCCACCACCUUCGUCAACGCCUCCGCCUGCACGGUCAACUUCCAGCCAAUGAACGCGCCGAUAGUCUUCGACCUGCCCACGCCCCGGAGCACAUGACUUCGCAGGCCCCGCCCCCUCGCGUCUCCCCGUCACAGUGGGGGAGCACCAGGUGGGUUGUAAAUACGCUGAGAUCCGAUUGGCCGUCUCUCUCUCUUCUCUCUCUCUCUCUCUCUUGCACCCCGGGGCCAGUAAGGCUCAGCGUUAUUGUAGAGUGAAUAGUCUCCCACGUGUGGUUUUUUUGCGUCGUCCUAUUUAUUGUUUGUUUUUUUUUUUUUCGAAAGAGAAAAGAAUUGCGCGACGGUCUCAUUCACCCCCCCCCCCCGGGAGACGGAGAUUCUCGCAUCCGUGGUUCCGCUCUUUUGUUGCACUCCAGUCGGCUGACAAUCUCUCCUGACCAAUCCCCGCAGAGGAAGGAAAGUUGUUCUCUCCUUUGGAGAAAAAAAAAAAAAUGCAACUUAAUGUAACUUUUUUUUUUUUUUUUUUUUUUUAAUGUUUCGGUUUUGACUGUUCAUCUGACAUUUCUCUUCUUCGGCGUUUCGGACGUUGAACUCACCACCCCGCGCACGCCAGUGUUUUCCUGCGCGUCCCCGUUUGAACUGCGGCCGUUCUCGGGCCUUCUGGAACGUUCCCUCGAUCAUCCUGUCAGUGGCGCACAGCUCUGGCGGCAGGUGUGAGGAGACCUCUCUCUCUCUGCCCUUCCUGUCCCCCUCUCCUCCUCUCCUCCUCUCCUCCUCUCCCCCUCUCUUCCUCCACGCCACAGAGGAGCCGUGUGACAGAGGGAACGUGUGGAUCACCGAGGGUCCGACCGGAACCGACCGGGGGCCCCAUGCACGAGUCCGGCCCCGGCACCCGUCACAACCUCCUGUUCGCUGUGAGAGCGUGACCUCUGACCUUCAGAGUGACGUCUCUGUGCCUAAUGAACUCCCUCAUCAUCCACUCAACUGUCAAAGCCGCCAGCCAGUUUAUUUUGGGGUCAACGACAUUGUGGGUUUUUUUUUUUCUUUCAUUUAAAAGAAUAAAUAAAUGCUAAUUUACAUAUGUAUUUUUACAUGCAUAUCCGCAUGCAUACCCACGCACGCACAAACGCACACACACACGCACAGACACACACGCACAAGCCACGCGGCUCUGCUUCACAAUACUGUCUCAGAGAAUUCUGUUUGUUUGUAUUGUUUGUUUAUUCAAUUAUCGGGCAUAGGGGACAGGUAAAGGUAACGGUUAUAAAGAUUUCAGUGAAAGUGAAUGUUUUAGGAUGUUUAUAUUGCUUUCUAAUUCCACUUACAGAAUGCAGCGGAAGUUAUUCCGUGCAUUAAGCUUUGAGUUCAGGUAUGCAGUAGUUUAGUGUACACCAAGAAUGAAAAAAUUCGAACGGCGCAAAUGAGUUCCUUGGAUUUAAAUUCAAGGUUUAAGGGUCCAAUUAAAAAAAUAUAUUUUCCUCAAAAUAUUACCAGUUCUUUGAAUGUAUUGGAAAGGCAAAUACAAUAAAUAGAUGUUUCAAGGGAAGCAGCGUUUUGAGCCAAUAAUGUUUUAGAUAAAGUCGUAAUGAUAGAAUUGGUUGGCAACACUUUUUGUUUUUCCACACAAUUAAGCGUUGGGGUCAAACGCUGUUAAUGGUGCUUGUUUAAAACGACUUUUUAAAGAUCAUAACUCAUUUCUGGGACUCGAAGCGUCUGUAGCUCAGUGUGUGGGCACCAGCAUAUCACAGUACGCUGGACUUUGAUCUUCGCUUUUCUCUGCUUUAAUUUAUUGCGGCUCUCAUUUGUAGCCUGCUGGCUACGAUUUAUUCCCGUUUGUUUAAAGUCUCUUUUCAUUAUUAGCACUAUUUGUAAAGUAUUAAAAAUUUAACGUAGUGGUAGGAAUACAUAUAUGCUCUCCUUAUUUAGCGUUUCCUUUCAACUUAUUUAACUUUUUUUUGCGGGAUACCUUCACGGCAGCAACAAGGCACUUUUAAGAUAGCAUACAGUCGUUGACGUGUUCCGUCGUGGAGCGCUCGUUUGGCAAUAUGAUCUCCAGCUAAUGUAAGACAAUGGGGUUGCGUAAAAUGUCAGGUUUCGGUUUGCCCCUAUCGGCGUUUCUGUGACGGGCGUAAUUGGGAAAAAACCGCGACGAUGCUGCACGCUAAGCGACCUUGACACGUUCGCAAACGUAUUUAGAGCAGCGCUGUCUGAUCUCCGCUGUCUGCUCUAAAACUGUCAGUCAGUCGCCUCCGUAUUAAACACGAUCAGGAGUCUGGCGGGGCACGGGGGACCGAACUGGCAACCGCAGACGUCGGACGGGGUGGGGUGGUUUUAAGAGGGGCGGGCAUUUUCACACAAACUGCAUAUGCUGCAUAUU